AUGGUGGUCGAUUCCUUUGAGCUAAGCUCGCUCGAUCAAACCAUCUGGCACAACUACUACGGGCUGGAUAGCCUGUCGUUCCGGGUAGAUAACCCAGAUACGGCUGCUCUCACCCUACAAGCUGCUGUUGAUCGACUCCUCCAAGCCCUGCCAUUCCUGACCAGCGAGGUUAUCCACUGCCCUCAACUGGGAAAUAAGCGCAACCUCAAACAACUCAGACACAAUCCAACCCUGAGCAGUGAGGUUCCUAUCUUCCGAGUUGUGUCUCACACCGGCAUGGUGGAAGAGGUCACGCAAUCUGUCGAAUUCAGUCCUCUACCACUAUUACUUCCACUUUCUCAGCGACAGGUGGUAGUGCGGUUCCAGGCCAAUAUUUUUGCAAACGGUCUUCUGCUCUGUAUGAACUUCAAUCAUUGCGUAUUCGACGGUACUGGGGCAGCCCUGAUCCUUCAGUAUCUCGCUAGCCUUUGUCGGCAUGAUCCCUCGAUUGAAAAGCAUCUUUCCCAUAUUCUGAGAAAAGAAAGUUUCACCCGCAAGAAAUUGAACGUCAUUGGUAUACCACAGGUGCCCGCAAACGCCCAGGACCCUAUUCCUCCCGAGAGUUUCGGCACCGGAGAGUAUGAUACUCUGCUCACUCAGCUGUUCAAAUUUUCUAAUCGACAUAUAAACCAUCUGAAGCAUCAAUGUCAGCAACACCUUGAUGCUCUUGGAAAGAGCCACUUUCUUAGUCGAAAUGAUGUCGUGUCGGCUCUAUUGGCGUUUUUCAUUAAAAGGGCAAGGGUCAUGAACAAAGGAAUCCACGACGUUUCGGUGUCACUGCCUGUCAAUCUCCGAUCAAAGCAGCCUGAGAUAUUCCCGCCCAUGUACAUGGGAAACUCAUUCACAUCGCUUCAUGUCCAGUCCAAAGUGGAUGUUACGUCCCCCAUACCUGCAAUCAGCCAGAUCGCUUUAGAAAUUCGCAGGCAGAUCAACAUGGUGAAUAAAGGCUACAUUGAAGACAUGCUCGGUCAAUUGAACUGCCUUCAGGACUAUGCGGAGUACCCCUGGAGGCCAUUUGACCUUGAGCUCUCGAGCUGGAGAGACCUGGCAAUCUACGACUUGGACUUCGGACCUGAAUUAGGAAAAGUGGUAGAUUACCAUGCUAACCCUGGUUCGCAUGACGGUUGUGCAUUUAUAUUUCCGGUCAAAGGGGCGGAUUCCAAACACGCCGACUGGGAAAUUAGUUUGACCUUGGCCAAGGACACAAUGAGGCGCUUCUCAGAAGACCUUGUGGUAUUCACUCUUUCUCUCACAAAGGCAGGCUUAUGA